AUGCAGUUUUCCACUAUCAGCGCCUUUUCGCUGGCCGCUGCUGGCGUGCAAGCCGCGAAAGGCUUUACAUCAACCUGUCGCAUGGUCGCAGGCACUUACAGUCAGGUGGGGUUCACCAUCACAACGGAAUGUCAAAGAGCAGAUGGCGAAUUCGAUGGAUCCACAACCAGUCUCGAUAUCACCAAUUGCUUUCAUGCCAUUGAUGGCAUUAUCGCAUGCGGCCCAGGAGGUAUAUCAGGAUGCUCAUGCGGAAAUAACCCCAACGGUGUGGGUAUCAUGACUUGCACUUGCCCAAAGAAUUCGGGGGCAUUGUCGCCGCAACAACAGGUGGAUUUGAACCAGUGUAUCGGCAACGACAAUGGCAAGCUUGUUUGCUAA